AAGCAGUUGAGUCACAGUGGAGCGUCCAGUCUGUGCGCCGCUGCUCGCUCGCUAUCUCUCGGCUGUAGUUUUUAGUAGUGCGAAAGCCGGAGCUGAUUGGAGUUGUUGAUUCGCCCGCGAGAUAGUAGAAGGCAGUGCGGGCAAAUAGUACAUGACGGCAGUGCGCGUGCUAGUGGUGUUACAGAGAGUGUGAGGAAAAGGUUUGGGGAAAAGUCUCGUUUGGAAUACCAGCUAAGGGGGCCGUCCUGCUGCCCUCGCCAACCCGCCACCUCCUCCUGGCCGCCCAGCCCAUGCGGCUCCUCCAACCACACACACGACUGGAAAGGUAUGUAAUUUGUGCCGUCAGGAGAGACCCACGUGGAGGAGGCGCUGCUGGGGACACUGGGGCGGCCGUGCACUCAGGAUGGUCGGGUAGGGGCGGCGCAGGAGGCGAGAUGUCGUCGCGCGAGGACCCUCUGCGGCAGUUCGAGACAGGCCGCAUCCAGCACCUGAGGGAGGAGCGUCUCGGCAUCCAGAAGAAGACCUUCACAAAAUGGAUGAACUCUUUCCUCGUCAAGGCCCGGCUGGAGGUGGUGGACCUCUUCACCGACCUGGCCGAUGGAAAGAUGCUGCUCAAGCUGCUCGAGAUCAUAUCUGGCGAGAAGCUCGGCAAGCCCAACAACGGCAAGAUGCGGGUCCACAAGAUUGAGAACGUGAACAAGUCCCUCGCCUUUCUCCACACCAAGGUUCGCCUGGAGAGUAUUGGCGCCGAGGACAUCGUGGAUGGCAACCCGCGUCUCAUCCUCGGCCUCAUCUGGACCAUCAUCCUCCGCUUCCAAAUUCAGGAGAUUGAAAUUGACGUGGACGAGGAGAAUGAAAGCAGCGAGAAGAAAUCCGCCAAAGACGCCUUGCUCUUGUGGUGUCAAAGGAAGACUGCAGGAUACAGGGGCGUGCAAAUUGAAGACUUCUCUCGGUCGUGGAGGGACGGUCUUGGCUUCAAUGCACUCAUCCACGCCCAUCGGCCUGACAUCAUCGACUACAGCUCCCUCAUCCAGAAGAACCACAUCGACAACCUCAACAAUGCCUUCACUGUGGCAGAGACCCACCUGGGCAUUGCCAGUAUUCUUGAUGCAGAAGACGUGGAUACCAACAAGCCCGACGAGAAGUCCAUCAUCACCUACGUUGCCUCUUACUACCACACCUUUGCCCGCAUGAAGAAUGAACUCAAGGGAUCCAAGAGAAUUGCCAAUAUCAUCACUCAGCUGAAGGAUGUGGAUGACCUCAAACUUAAGUACGAGAAGAUCCUCACAUCCCUGCUAGAGUGGAUCAUCCGCAAGAUUGUGGAGUUGGACAGCAGGAAGUUCCCAAACUCCCUGGAUGGCAUUCAGAAACUUCUUCUCCAGUUCAAGAAAUACAGGACAGAGGAGAAGCCACCCAAGUAUAAGGAGAGGAGUGAGAUCGAAGCGUUGUUCUUCUCCAUUAACGCAAGUCUCAAGGCGCUCAACCAGCCUGUGUAUGUUCCCAAGGAUGGCCAAUUGAUACAUGACAUAGAGAGGGAAUGGAACAAACUGGAGAAGGCCGAGCAUCGCCGUGAAGUGGCUCUCAGAGACGAGCUGUUGCGACAGGAGAGACUUGAACAGCUGGCUUACAAGUUUGACAAGAAGAGCGUCCUACGCAAGGGUUACCUGGAGGAGAUGAUCCAGGUGCUGAGUGACCCGCGCUACGGCAGCAACUUGUCCCAGGUGGAGGCGACUGUCAAGAAGCAUGAGGCCAUCAGCGCUGACAUUCUGGCCAGGCAAGAGAGGUUUGAGGACCUGACCAAGAUGGCAGACGAGUUGGACAUUGAGAAUUACCAUGGCAAGGAAGCAAUCCGCAAGAAGGAGAAGGACAUCCUCAAGAAGUGGAGUGACCUGCUGGACCUCCUCAACAAGCACAAGACUUACCUCCACAACUGCUGCAUCCUGGUGGCCAUCAUGAGGGAGGUGGACACCAUCACUGCCUCCAUCAAGGAGCUGGAGGCGAACUUCUGUUCUGACGACGUAGGGCGCCACCUGCUUGCAGUGGAGGACCUGCUGCAGAAACAUGCCCUGAUGGAAUCGCAGGUGCACUCCAUGGGGGAGACCAUCAAGCGCCUCAACAAGCAAGGUGAGGCAUGCAUGACUUCCAACCUCAAAGAUGCACCACUGCUGCAGAAGAGGCUGCAGGAGCUGAACCAGGGCCAGCGUGCACUCCUGAAGAAGGCAGCUGAGAGGAGACUCAAGCUGGAAGAGGCGAGGGAUCUCUUCCAGUUUGAAGUGGACAUGGAGGAAGAAGAGGCUUGGGUUAUUGAGAAGCAAAGAAUUUGCCUGGCAGGAGUGAUAGCCAAGGACAUUGGGGCAGUCAUCUCCCUCCAGCAGAAGCAUAAGGACAAGUUUCUUCUCAAGGCACUGGAGGACGAGAUGUGUGCCCGGCGCCCCAAGUCAGAGAAGGUGAUGAGGUCUGGUGAGGCGCUGAUGAAGGCCAGCCACCCAGACUCUAAGGCCAUCAGCGAGCGCAUUGGGGCACUCAAGGAGAAGUGGCGGCUGCUGGAGCAAUAUGUCAAUGACCGUCGCCGACAGCUGGAAGACGCUGCUGAGGCCUGCUUGUUCAAUGCCGAUGCCAAUGAGGCUGAGUCGUGGAUCAAGGAGAAGGUGCCGCUGUGCCAAUCCACAGAUUACGGCGAGGACGAGCCGAGUGGCCUGGCACUGCUGCAGCUGCACGCCCGCCUGGAGGAGGAGAUCAAGUCAUACGACGGCGACAUCAAGGCCAUCAACUCUCAAGGCCAGAAGCUCAUCAAGUCAGGAAUAUCAGCCUUGAAUCUGAUGGCACAGCAGCAGAGUGUUGGGGAGGAGGAGGAGUACGAAUGGGUGGAUGAGGUGAAGAUGGUCCCUCAGGAGGUGAUGGUGGAGGAGGUGGUGGAGAAGGUGGAUGAAGUGUUCGUCACGGAGCAGAGGGAGAUGCCCACUGUGAUCUCACGGUACCCAUUCCAGGGGCAGGGCAUGAGCAUGGUGAAGGGCGAGACGAUGUUCCUGCUGAGCAAGACCAACAAUGACUGGUGGAAUGUGCGCAAGGCCAACGGGGAAGAAGGCUUCGUCCCGGCUAACUACGUGCGGGAGAGUGAGCCAAGGAAGAUCAAUGUGCGGGUGAAGAAGGAGGUGAAGGUGCCGGAGAAGCGGAUGGUGCCAAGGACGAGGAUGGUGAAGAAGACAGAUAGAGUCAAGAAGCGGAAGCCUAAAGCACCACCACGUAGGCGAGGGUUUGAUGAGCCAGAGACAGUUGAGAAGCGUCUGCAGGCCAUCAACUCCUCGUAUGGCCACCUGUGUGACCUGGCGGGCAAGCGACACCUGUACCUGGAGGAGUCCAUCAAGCUGUUCUCCUUCAUGCGGGAGUGCCAAGGCUUCGAGACGUGGAUGAGGGAGAAAGAGAAGCUGCUCAAGGUGGACGACAAGGGAGACAAUGUGGAGGCUGCCAAGAAGAAGUUUGAACAGUUCCUCACUGAUCUGUCUGCUGCUAGCAAGAGAAUUGACAUCAUUGACAAGAUGGUGAAGGACUUUGAGAACACUGGACACAGCCAGCUGGAGAAGAUCAAGAAGCGACAAAAACAGAUCCAUGACCAGUGGGCGCACCUCAACCGCCUCAAGCAGCAGAAGGAGCUGAGCCUGAAAGGAGCAUCUAGUGUGGAGCUCUUCCACCGCACCUGUGAUGAGACGAGGGACUGGAUGCUGGAGAAGAUGGAGAAGCUGGACACAGACGAGUUAGGCCGCGACCUCAAGACAGUACAGUCACUCCAGCGCAAGCAUGACCAGCUGGAGAGGGAGCUUGCCCCUGUGGAGGAGAAGGUGCGUCGUGUGAACCUCUUGGCUGACUCAGUGAAGGCAUCAUACCCACGAGAGCGACAUGCUGUGGAGACACGGCAGGAGGAGGUGCAGCAGUACUGGGGACAGCUGAAGGGCAAGGCAGUGGAGAGAAGGAACAGACUGGAGGAAGCUGUUGGUCAGCAGAUCUUCCUCAACUCUGCUAAGAGUUUGCUGAAUUGGGUUGGGGACGUCAAGAAUGAGUUGAAUUCCAACGAGCCAGCUCGGGAUGUCACCACAGCAGAGAUCUUACUCAAGAGUCACCAGGACCUUGGUGAUGACAUCAGAGCCCACCAGGAUGAGUUCAGUGAGCUGAGCCAACUUGGAGAAAAAUUGUUGAAGAGGAAUCCUGACUUUGCUGAAGUGAAGGAAAAGAUGGCACAGCUUGGGGAGGAGCAGCGCGCCAUCCACCGUGGCUGGCAGGAGAAGGGUGACUGGCUAAGACAGUGCAUGGACCUCCAGCUCUUUAACAGGGAGGCCGACCAGAUUGAUGCUGCGACAAGCUCACAUGAAACCUUCCUGGACUACAAGGACCUUGGCAGCACGCUGGAUGACGUGGAGGCACUCAUGAAGCGACACGAUGACUUCGAGAACACACUGAUGGCUCAGGAUGAACGGCUGCGUGCCUUCAGUGAGAUGGCAGACAAGCUGAUCACCGCCGAGCACUACGAGGCGACAUACAUCAAUGAGCGCAGGAACCAGGUGCGAGACAGACGAGCCUCAGUAAAGGCCCGGGCACAGGCCAGACGGGAGCAGCUGAACGGCUCAGUGGCCUACCAGCAGUUCAAGGCUGAUGCCGACGACUUUGACAAGUGGAUGGGUGACAAGAAGAAGAUGGCGGAUGACGAGUCAUACCGAGACCUCAGCAAUCUGGAGAGGAAGAUCCAGAAGCAUGAGGCGUUUGAGAGGGAGCUGCACGCCAAUGAGGGUCAGCUGCGUCGCCUUAACAAGACCGGCCAGGACUUGAUUGGCAUGAAGCACUACCAGUCCCGCGACAUCCAGAAGACCCUGGACGACCUGAACAAAAAGUGGAAGGACCUCUGCUCCAAGACAGAGGACAAGGGCACCAAGCUGCGGCAGGCCAACAACCAGCACACCUACAACAAGGACCUUGAGGAGACAGAGAAGAACCUGGAGGCCUUGGAGUCUGCUCUCAAUAACAAGGACGUGGGCUCUGAUCUCCACUCCUGCAAGGACCUCAUGAAGAAACAGAACAACCUGGAGAAUGACAUGAACACAAUGGAACGGAAGAUUAGUGACCUGUGCAACACUGGCGACCAGAUGGUAGCUGAGGGACACUUUGAUGCCGAUAACAUCGAGGCUUCCUGUGUUGGCGCCAAGAAGAGAUUCAAUAACCUGAAGGACCCAGCAGCACGCCGAAGAGCAGCCCUUGAGGAGUCUCUGCGGUGGCAUGAGUUUAACUUUGAGGUUGAUGCCGAGAUGCAGUGGAUCAAGGAGCACAUGGCCCUGGCAACCUCCACAGUAUUGGGACAAAACUUGCAUGAAGCUCAGACUCUGAACAAGAAGCACAUCAAGCUUAAGGCAGAGAUUCAGGGUCACCAGCCACAGAUUGACAAGUGCCUGGCCAAGGGGAAGAAGCUGUGUGACGAGCACCACCCUGAGAAGGGUCUGAUUGUGCAGAGGUGUGAGGAGCUUCAGGAGGCAUGGAAUGACUUGCUGGCUGAAGCCAAUGAAAGGAGCAGGAAGCUGGAGCUGAACCUGAAGGCACAGCAGUACUUCUUUGAGGUGACAGAGGUGGAGGCUUGGAUGAAUGAGAAGAGGAACAUUCUGCAGACCAAAGAUUAUGGGAAGGAUGAGGAUGUUGCUAGAAAACUCCUUGCAAAGCACAAGGCACUGGAGCUUGAGAUGGACACCUACAGUGGUAUUGUGAAGGAGAUGGGCACAAUGGCAGAGUCCAUGAUAAAGUCUAGUCACCCAGAGUCCAAGCUUAUAAAGGAUCGACAGCAGAUGCUGAAUCAGGAGCUGAAGGACCUUCAGAAGCUGUCAGCAAACCUGCGGCAGAAGCUGAUGGCCUCCAUGUACAGGCAUGAGUAUUUCCGAGAGGCAGAGGACCUGGAGAAGUGGAUCACUGAGCAGAUGCAGACAGCGACCUCGGAGGACUUUGGCCACGACUACGAACACCUCCUGCUUCUGCAAGCCAAGUUUGAUGACUUCAAGCACCGAGUUGAGGCUGGCUCGGAGCGCUUCAAGCAGUGCGAUGAGCUUGCCAAGAAACUCAUCGCUAAUGAGAGUCCUUAUGCCUCAGUGAUUGACAGGAAACAGGAGCAACUGAGUAAGGGAAGCCCAUCUUCUUCCCCCACUAAAAGUCAAGAUCCAGCCACCCAGGUCACAGCGUACCAUAAGCAAGUUCGGGCCGCUUGGAAUAGUCUUCUGGAACACAUUGAGGCCCGGGACCAGAAGCUGGAGGCAGCUGGGGAGAUCCACAGGUUCAACCGUGAUGUCGCUGAGGCGCUGGCCAGGAUACAAGAGAAGUUCAAGUCCAUCCCUGAGGAGCUGGGCCGCGAUGUGCAGUCUGUUCAGUCACUCUUGCGUAAACACGAAGGAUUUGAGAAUGACUUGGUGGCCCUUGAGGCACAGUUACAGGUUCUUGUGGAUGACUCAGCACGCCUGCAAGCUGCCUACCCAGGGAGCAAUGCUGAGCACAUAGCAGAGCAGCAGGCACUUGUGGUGGAGAACUGGAAUGUUCUCCAGGAGAAGGCCUCCAAGAGGAAAGAGCAGUUGCUUGCUGCUGCUGAUCUCCAGAAAUUCCUUGCUCAUUCCCGAGACCUGAUCAGCUGGUCCAGUGACUUGCGGGCAACCAUGAAGGCAGAGGAGAAGGUUCGGGAUGCUGCCAGCGCUCAGGGUCUCAAGACGGAGCACGAGCGCAUCAAGGCAGAAAUUGAGGCGCGGGAGGAUGAGUUCAGCCGAGUUGUGGAGUCCGGCGGCAACAUGAUCGAGGAGCAACACUACGCCAGUGCCGAGGUGGAGGAGCGGGUCAACAAGGUCCUGGAGGAGAGGAGCCAGCUGCAUGCUGCCUGGCAACACAAGAAGGUUUAUCUCGACCAGCUCAUUGACCUCCACUUCUUCCUGAGAGAUGCCAAACAGCUGGACACCAUCAGCAGCACUCAGGAAGCCUACCUCUCAACAGCAGACUUUGGCAACACCAUUGAGCAAGUGGAUGCACAGGUGAAGAAACAUGAUGCCUUUGAAAAACUAGUUUUGGCUCAGGAUGAGAAGCUUGACACACUGAAGAAUCACGGCUCAAAGCUGAUCGAGCAGAACCACUUUGACUCACCACACAUCAAGAAACGCGUAGACGAGGUGGUGCAGCGGCGGGAGCGAGUCAAGGACAGCUCCAAGGCUCGCAAGCGUCAGCUAGAAGAUGCACUUCUCUACGCUCAGUUCAUCCGAGACGUUCGUGAUGCAAACAUGUGGAUUGAUGAGAAGGCAAACCACCUGGAUGCUGACAGACUGAAAGGAGAUGUUACAAGCUUUGAUGACAAAGUUAGGAAACUCCAGAAGCACCAGGCAUUCCUGGCUGAGCUCCAGGCACAUGAAUGCAGCAUCAAGGAAAUAACUGACAAGGGAGCCAUGCUGAUCAACAAGCGGCACAAGUCGGCAGCACAAAUAAAGGACGAGCUGGACCACCUGGUAGAGCGCUGGACACGGCUGGUGCUGGAUGCUGAGAGUCACUCCCGUGGCCUGGAGGAAGCCCAGGACAUCCUGGAGUUCAACACUCAGAUUGAAAAAGUUGAUGCUUGGAUCAGGGACAAGGAGAUGAUGGUGCAAGUGGGUGAUCUAGGGAAGGAUUACGAGCACUGCAUGGCUCUGCACCGCAAGCUUGACGAUGUGGACUCAGAUAUGCGCGUUGAUGAUGCAAGGUUCACCAACAUCAACAAGCUGGCAGACAAGAUCAUCAAGCAAGGCUGUGGUGACAACAAGGCUGUGCAGCAGCGCAAGAAUGAGCUCAACCACAAGUGGCAGGCACUGAAGGGAGCCAUUGACCGGUACAGAGCAGACUUGGAAGGUGCUCUUGAGACGCAUGCAUUCAAUAGAGACGUUGAUGACACAAAGGAUCGCAUCAGUGAGAAGGCCGUCAUCCUGGCUAAUGAGGACACUGGGAAGGACUUAAUGCAGGUGGAGACUUUGCAGCGCAAGCAGGAGACCAUCAUCAGGGACAUGUCUGCUAUUGAGAAGAAGAUCAAGGAGCAUGAAAAGAAUGCCCACAACCUGGCCAGGAAAUACCCAGCCAAGAAAGACCCAAUCAUCAAGAAGCAGGCAGAGGUCCUGGAGGCAUGGUCCCAACUCUGUGAGCGAUCCCAUGGCAGGAAGGACCAGCUCACUCACUCCUAUACAAUGCACAAGUUCCAGGCUGACCUGAGGGAGUUGGAGAGGUGGGGUGAGGACAUUGUGAGUCGCAUGAAUGCCUCGCCACUCCCCAACAAUAGUGCUGAGGCGGAGAUGCUUCUGCAGAGUCACCAGGAAAUGAAGGUUGAAAUUGAUGGUCGAAAGGAUGUGUUCAAGGGACUGCAGAAGUUUGGCAAAGAACUUGUUGCCAAUGACCACUUUGCAAAGCAGACCAUUCAGCAGAACCUGGAGACAUUGUCAGAAAUUGAAAAUAAGGUGGUGGUGUUCUGGAGUGAGAGGCAGAAGGUGCUGAAACAGGCACAUCAGAUGCAGGUUUUCCUGGAGAUGACAGAGCAGGCCAAGUCGUGGCUGGCCAGCAAGGAGGCAUUCCUCAACAACGAUGAUGUUGGGGAUUCCUUGGCAUCCGUGGAAGAGCUGAUCAAGAAACAUGAGAGCUUCGAGAAGACAUUUGAGGCACAGGGGAACAAGAUAGAGCAGCUGGAGUCAUUUGGCAAGGAUCUGCUGAACAACGACCACUACGACAGUGAGGGCAUACGCAGGCGCCUCAAGGUGGUGUUGGAGAAGCGGGGUACCCUCAAGGAGAAGGCAACACUCAGAGCCAAGAAGCUGCAGGAAUCCAAGUCACUCCAGCAGUUCCUCAGAAAUGUGUAUGAGGUGGAAGGCUGGAUAUCAGAAAAGCUGCAGGUGGCCUGUGAUGAGAGCUACAGGGAUCCCACUAACCUGCAGUCCAAGAUACAGAAGCAUGGUGCAUUUGAGGCUGAAGUCCUGGCUAAUUCUGGCCGAGUGAUGGGUGUGUCACAGGAAGGUGAAGGUCUCAUCAGUAAUGGUCAUUAUGCUGAGCAAGAGAUUCAGGCUCGGCUAGAUGGCCUGGACACACUCUGGAAGCAGCUUCAAGAUUCAUCACUACUUAAAAAGGAAAGACUUCAUGAAGCAUAUCAGGCAUUGCUCUUCAACCGAACACUGGAUGACCUGGAGUCCUGGAUUGACGACACAGAGAACCAGCUGCAGUCUGAGGACCACGGGCGGGACCUCACCUCUGUCCAGAGCCUCCUCAAGAAGCACCAGCAGCUGGAGGCUGACAUCACCGCCCAUCAGAGUGAGAUUGACCAGGCGAGGGAUGUGGCUCAGUCUUUUGCUACCGCCAACCACUUCAUGUGGGAGGACAUUACUGACAGAGUUGAAGGAGUCACAAAGAGAUACAACUCCCUUCAUGAGCCCAUCCACAUACGCCGUGAAAACCUGGAGGAUGCCAUGUUGCUGCAGCAGCUCCUCAGGGACAUAGAGGAUGAGAUGUUGUGGGUGUCCGAGAAGGAGCCCCUUGCUGCCAGCCAGGACCUGGGUGCCUCCCUCACUGCUGUGCAGAACCUACAGAAGAAGCAUCAGGCCCUGGAGGCAGAGAUCCAGUCCCACGAACCUGUGAUAAACACUGUUAAUAGUCGGGCACAACAAAUGAUCCGGUCUGGUCAUUUUGCCUCUGCUGACAUUGAAGCGAAAAUCAAGCUAUUGCUGGUGCAGUUGUCACAACUCAAGGACACAGCAAGUCUUAGACGGCUGAGACUUUUAGAUGCUGUGGAAUCCCAAAUGUUCUACAGUGAGGUGAGUGAAGCAGAGGCCUGGAUGAGGGAGAAGAAGCCACUGCUGACAUCACAAGACUUUGGGAAGGAUGAACUCUCUGUUGGGGCGCUGACCAAGAAGUUGGAUAAUGUGUCUCGUGACAUGGAGGGCUUCAAGGGAACGGUCACUAAGCUGUCAACACUCUGCUCCAAGUUGACGGAAAGGAAACAUUUUGACAGUGAAAAUAUCUCGAAGAAAAUGCAAAAUGUUGAGCAGCAGUAUGCAGAACUACAAAUGUUGCUGGAGAAACGAGCCAAGCGACUGGAGGAAAGCCGGAAGCUGUUUGUGUUCUUGCGGGAGAGUGACGAAGUGGCCGAGUGGCUGAAUGAGCAGAUGACGGUGGCCGCCAGCGAGGACUAUGGCCGUGACGUGGAGCAUGUGGAGAUACUCAUUCAGAAGUUUGAUUCCUUCCUGACCGUUCUGGCAGCCAGUGAAGAAAAGCUGACCACUGUCAAGGCGAAGGCCAAGGUGCUGCUGGACGACAAGCACCCUGAGCCAGCCAAGAUCCAGAACAAGGUUGAAGAGUUGCAGCAGCUGUGGGAGGACCUGAGAGAAUUGGCCAGUGCCCGUCAAGAGGCCCUUGCUGGGGCUAAGCAGGUUCAUGUGUUUGACCGCAAUGCUGAUGAGACCAUUAGCUGGAUAUCAGAGAAGGACGCCUUCAUAUCAUCAGAGGAUUAUGGCCAUGACCUGGAGACCAUACAGAGUCUGGCAAGGAAGCACCAAGGCUUUGAGAGGGACUUGGCAGCUGUGAAGGAACAGGUGGAGUCUGUGGUGGAGGAAGCAAAGCGUCUGGCAGAGCUUUUCCCCGAUGCCCGAGAACACAUUGCGGUGAAGCAUGAAGAGACAGUAGAGGCAUGGAAUGACCUCUUGGACAAGUCUGCACAGAGGAAAGACAAACUGUAUCAAGCAGAGAAAUUGCAGUCCUACUUUGAUGACUACAGGGAACUCAUGGCUUGGCUAAGUGAAAUAUUGGCAAAAAUAACUGCACCAGACUUGCCAAAGGAUGUGCCUGGGGCUGAGGCAGUGAUCUCUCGGCACAGGGAGUACAAGACGGAGAUUGAUGCACGGUCAGAUGCCUUUGACAAGUUCUGUGCUGCCGGCAAUGCGCUAAUAGAUCAGGGGCACUUCAUGGCUGAGGAAAUAGCAGAGAAGAUAGCUGUGCUAGAAUCUCGCCGGAAGUUCCUUCUUGAGACAUGGAAGACAAGAUAUGACACCUAUGCACGUGUCCUUGACCUCAGGCAAUACAUGCGGGACAUUCAGGUGUUUGAGACGUGGAUUGAGUCUCGGGAGGCAGUGGUGAAGGAUGACCAGAUGGGUGAGUCCAUCCCAGAAGUGGAGGAACUGAUUCGCCGUCAUGACGAUUUCCUGAAGGCCAUUGACGCACAGGAGGACAAGCUGGAUCCCAUCAAGAGGAUCACAAUGAUUGAAGGAGACUUCCAGGCACAGAAGAAGCGGGAAGAGACGGCCAAGAGAGCAGAGGUUGCCAGGAAGGAGCAGGAGCGUAUGGAGAACAUGAAACGAAAGGAGGUUCAGCGCAUCACUGAUGAGCGACGCCGUGAGGACGAACGCCGUCGCACUCAGGAGAUCAAGUUCACAAAGGAGGACAUGGAGCGGGUGCGUCUCAACAUGAACGGAGACUACUCCAAGGUCCCGCCUUCCUCACGGGAACUUGACUCACAGUCCAGUUCCAGCUCUGAGGCACCUGAGACAGCCACCACUCCUGAGGGUCACCCAAGGUACCGGAAACGUUCAAGCUCUCUGGGAGAGGUUCUCAUAAGGAAAAACCUCGAAGUUCCUGAGAGUGGUGGCCUCUAUCGUUCAGGCUCACAGACCAGCCUGAGCAGCUUAAAGAGAGGUAACAGCUUGCGUCAGGAGAUGCUAAGAACACACUCCCACUUUAACCGAGGUGUUGACCUUAAGAGGGCGGAGAGCAUGAAGGUGGACCUGAAGAAAGCCAAGCGCACACCCAGCUUCACCACGCGUCGCCGCACACAAAGCUUCCGCAAACAUAAGCGCAUGGAGAACAUGGCCAACCUUCCCCCAGUGGAGAUUCAAGGCUACCUGGAACGGAAGCAGGAGCUCCAGAGUGGUGGCAAGAAGGCAACCAUCCGGUCCUGGAAGGGCUUCUACACUGUCCUCUGUGGUCAGCUCCUGUGCUUCUUCAAGGACGAGGAGGACUUUUAUGACCAGAAAGCUGCCUCUCCUCCAAUCUCCAUUCAUCAGGCAAAGAUUGAAGUUGCUGGUGAUUACACAAAGAAGAAACAUGUAUUCAGAAUAAUCACAAGAGACAAUGCUGAGUACCUCCUCUUGGCUGAGUCUGAGGAGAACCUGGAGGAGUGGGUGACCAAGCUGAAGUUCCAUGCCGAGCUGCCUCCCUCCAUGCAGCUCAUGUCCUAUGACAAUCACAAGGAAGGGGAGGUGGGCAGCGAAAUGGUGGCAGUUCCUUCCCGUGACUCAGACAACUCAUCGGGUCACUCGACACCUGAAGUCCGCCACCGUGGGGCAGUCAGCUCCCACCCCCAGGGCGCUGGAGGGGGCUUAGACCCAACCAGGCCACACUCUCAGGCCCUUGACAAUCCCCUCUAUGCCAAUUUGGAGCAUAUGCAGGACAAGGCCAAGCCACCUGUGCCACCAAGAGGAGGUUCCACCAGCAACCGCUCGUCUCGCUCCUCCCUGGGUGAGGAAGGACCGAUCUACCAGAACCGCAUCUCUGUUGUUCCUUCCUAUGAAGUCAGUGCUCCAGAGAACACCUACCAGAAUUACCCUCCAGACAGACCCAAUGGCCACCGCAGGGAUUCAUCCGAGAACAUGAAUGGGGAGGACUUACCCCCCCUGCCUAGAUCAGCCCCACCACAUGUCAUGGCCCGGCCCCCUGUACCACCCAACCGGGCCAGAUAUGGCGACCAGUCCUGGGUGGGUGUGCCGCACCACCCUGGCAUGCCACACGCUGGGGCGGCUGCCCACCACAGGCCACAGAUGGGGCACACAGUAGGCCACCACCACCAGGUAGCCCAGCACCCCACGAGCCACGUGACUCACUUCUCGCAGGUGUCACGUGUAUCUCACCACCAGUACUCGUACACGCCACAGGGUUCAUCCCACCACCCAGACCUGACUGACGGUGUCCCUGGCAGCAGGCAGGUAGGACCUGUGAUCCACGUUGUUUCUCCAGGAGUAAGAAAUCCUUACUCCGAGUACACUUCCCGCACCAUGUCCCUGCCCCAGGGUAGCAGCCUUCCACCCACAGGCUCAGUCCACACAAGUAGUGGACCCACCCCUUCCCACCGCAACUCUGCCACCAUUGACCGACAGGGCCUUAGUGAGAGCUCCUCUGAGGGAGAUGUACCUGUGUCAACCAACAAGAAGGAAAAGGAGAAGAAAGGCUCUGUAUUCAAGUUCUUUGGGCGAAGAAAGGGUGCCCAAGUUUAGCUGUUCAUUUACCAAAUAUCUAUUUUUGUUAAGGAAAUUAUCAAAUAGCUAAUCUAAUUCAACCUGUGCCACGUAAGUAUAUACAUAUGAAAAAUAGGCUGUAAUUUUGGCUUCCUUCAGUAGAUAAUAUCCUCUCUACCUUACCUGUCAAACACGAUAUGUAUAGAGAAGCUGUACCUGAACAGCUUAACACUUUCCAUACCUAUGGACUCUACAGAGUGUAGUGUAUAGUGUGGCUCAGGUACAAAGAUUGUAUGGUCAGACUACAGACCAUUAUCAGGCUGUGUUGCAGGGGGGUAUUUAAAUAUAUUUCUAUUCUGUAUGUAACACUCUCUGUAUUUUCUGUGUGACUUGUGCUUGCUAUCACACCUCCACAUGCCUUAUGGUUAUGUGCUCUGUACUCUUCAAGUGCCUUCAUCCCUGGGCCAAAGUCAGGAAAAAUGGUUUGAUUACACAACUGCCUCUUGUAAGACUAUCAAAACGGAUAACUUUUCAUACUUUUACUUCUUAGACUGUAAAUAACUUUAUAAAUAUUGUUUAAAUCAAAUUAUUUUGUUGAGAGAAGGAAGAGUGUAUGUGGAAAAGGUAUUAUGUGCUGCAAAUAAAAGUAAUAUUGAAAA